AUGGCCUCUUCUAAAGAAGCACAGGUCGACCAAUCGGACUUGAGAGAGACGAGCUCGGAUGAGGUCAAGUUUGAUGGAUCGCUUGAAUUCGUACAUGAAUAUGGUGGCAACGAUUCGAAGCCUUCCUACCAGGAAGCUUCUGGUGCUCCAGUAGAGAAUAUCUCUCCUCUUGGCCUGCAGGUCACGUGGUUCACAACCAUAUUCUUGAACAUUGGGCAGAUGAUUGGAACCGGUGUCUUCUCAACACCUGCCACAAUCCUCAAAGGGGUUGGCUCUGUGGGCCUCUCUCUCGUAUUCUGGACACUCGGCUUUGUAAUCGCUGGCUCGCAACUUGCGGUUUACGUCGAGCUAGCAAGCUAUUUCCCCAAUCGCUCAGGAGCAGAGGUUGUAUACCUCGAGCAAGCCUACCCUCGGCCUAAAUAUCUACUUCCGACCGCCUUGGUGGUUCAAUCUGUCCUUCUUUCCUUCAGCUCAUCCAAUGCUAUCGUAAUGGCGCAAUAUCUUCAUGCUAUAGGAGGCCAUACCCCGACAGCGUGGCAGCUCAAGGGCCUGGCUGUUGGGUGCAUGACCUUCAUCAUUUUAUUGGUAAUCUUUAGCACCAGGUGGUCUCUGCGAAUCUCAAAUGGAGUCGUAAUCAUCAAAAUCGUAACUCUGCUCUUUAUCAGCAUCACCGGUCUCGUCGUCCUUGGCGGACACACACGAGUCAAGAAUCCUCACGCCAAUUUCAAAGACUCGUUUCUGGCACAACAGGCAACGAACCCCAUCCACACACUCAAGAGAACAGCACCCGCCUCCCUCCUCGUCGCCGCAACCCUCUACCUCCUCUGCAACAUCGCUUACUUCGCCGCCGUCCCCAAGUCCUCCCUCAAAACCUCCAAGCAGCUCGCCGCCUCCCUCUUCUUCGCCUCCGUCUUUGGCUCCAAGAACUCGUCCCGCGCCCUCAACUUCCUCAUCGCCCUCUCCGCAUUCGGGAACAUCAUCUCCGUCAUCAUCAGAUCCUCGCGCGUCAUCCGCGAAUGUGGACGGCAAGGCGUCCUCCCCUACCCGCGAGUCUGGGCAUCCACGAAGCCAUUCGGCACGCCGCUCGCGCCGUACGUCCUAAAAUGGGGUCUCACCGUGCUCAUGAUACUUGCGCCGCCUGCAGGUGACGCUUUCAACUUCAUCGUGGACCUACAGUCCUACCCCUCAAAUGUGUUCUUCUUCGCCACGACAUUCGGACUGCUGCUGAUCAGGAAAAGGCGAAGUAGGCUUGGCAUCGAGGGGACGGAGUUCCGGGUCUGGAAUGUGGCGAUUGCCUUCUCGCUCGCGGUUAACGUCUUCAUUCUAGUGAUGCCGUGGUAUCCGCCGCCCGGGGGGAGAUUUGGUGGCGAUAUGAGCUUUUGGUAUGCGACAUAUUCUGACAGAGGAACCCUCAGAUUGGCAACUUGCGGCAUCUACUACGCCUUCUGGAUCUUCAUCCUGCCUCAUCUUGGUAAAUAUCGUAUCAGGCAAGAAGUGCUGCUUCUAAGCGACGAGACGUCGAAAGCGCAUCGUUUGGUCAAGAUCCCGCUUGAGGAGCUGGAGGUGUGGGAUAGGGAGCAUGAUGUUCUGGGACAGAGGAUAAAUUUGCCUGGACAUCAGUCUAAUGAUGACGGUAACGAGGUAGCGGAGAAGAAGGAGGUGUAA